AUUUUAGACACGUACACUAUUAUCACCACCUUUAAUCUACCAAGCACACGACGAUUUCUAAACGCCACUUGUUACUCAACAACAUCCAUAACCUUCUAGAGGCAAACAAAUCCUUUUCAAAGAUGAUUAGGUCAACGCAAAUAGCCCGCUUGGGCGAUGGCUUGAUGCUUUGCGCAUCGGUUGAUGACGAACAAACAGAAUCCUCCCUUUCCGAAGUGAAGUCGCAAACCAAGAUCAUACUACGAAGAUUAAAUCGCAAUGCCGAACCACAAGCCAGCAUCGAGAGCGGCAACUACACAUUACACUACCUCAUCAACGGCGACGCAGUCUACAUCUGCAUAAGCGAGCGCUCCUACCCACGCAAACUAGCCUUCACCUACCUCUCCGACCUCUCCGCCGAAUUCUCCCAAACCUACCCGCCUCAACAACUCCUCGCGCCCUCUCUCCGCCCUUACGCAUUUAUGGAAUUCGACACCUUCAUCUCGCGGACCAAGGCCCUAUAUGCCGAUGCGCGCGCAACGCAAAAUCUCGACCGACUCAACGAUGAGCUACGCGACGUGACUAAGGUCAUGACGAAGAACAUCGAGGACCUUUUAUACCGUGGUGAUAGUUUAGACCGUAUGGGUGAGAUGAGUUCACGGUUACGGGAUGAUAGUCGCAAGUACCGCAAGGCGGCUGUUAAAAUCAAUUGGGAUUUGUUGAUUAAGCAGUAUGCGCCGAUAGGUGUGUUCGUCUUGAUUGUUAUACUAUUUAUCUGGUUUAGGUUCUUCUGAUACCUGCCAGCUAUUGGUGAAGGGGUAGGGCAAUGAGUGAGUAAUGGGGAAGAAAGGGGGAAAAUAUUAAACAACGUGCUUCGUUGCAACGUGAAGUGUAUGUACCUAUGUCAUGUAUUACCAACCAACAUGAAUAAUAAUC